AUGUUUCGUUUCGGUCAAUUGCUUAGGGCAGCCGAGAUGAAAAGCAUCUACGAAUUUCAGGUGAACGCAGCCGAUGGAAAGCCGUAUGAUCUCUCGCAGCACAAGGGACAUCCGCUGCUGAUCUACAAUGUGGCGAGUAGGUGUGGCUACACGAAGGGUGGCUACGAGACGGCCACGACGCUCUACAACAAGUACAAGGGCCAGGGCUUUACUGUUCUGGCGUUCCCGUGUAACCAAUUUGCCGGGCAGGAGCCGGGGACGGCGCUGGAGGUGAAGGAAUAUGCCUGCACGCGGUUUAAGGCGGACUUCCCCAUCAUGGAAAAGAUUGACGUGAAUGGCGGCAAGGCACAUCCGCUGUAUGAGUUUAUGAAGGCAACAAUUCCCGGUCUUUUUGGCACUAAAGCCAUCAAGUGGAACUUUACUUCGUUCCUUAUUGACAGGCAUGGUGUUCCCGUGGAGCGUUUUUCGCCUGGUGCAUCUGUGGAAGAUAUUGAGAAAAAACUUUUGCCGCUUCUUGGUGGUGCUAGGAUUUGA